UUUGACUUUCGGAAUUUUGAGGUUUUGAUAUGGAAAAGAGUGGAAUAGCAUAAGUUGACAACCUUUGAUUGAGGUUCUCCCUUCUUUCUCAUAUAACAUUGGAUCCGAUUUGGUACUUUGUUUGUUGGCUUGUGACUGUGAGAAUAGAAAGCAGAAGCGCAUGCCAUGGACGCUUUGAGGAAACAAGCCACCAAGCUAAGAGAGCAAGUUGCCAAACAACAACAGUUUCAAGCUGUAAUAAAGCAGUUCAGCAGUAGUGGUUAUGAGAGCUCAGAUGUUGUGGUCAUUGAUGAGGUUGAAAUGCAGAGACAUCAACAACUGGAAAAGCUGUACAGGGCCACCCGUGCAGGGAAGGAUUUCCAAAAAGAAAUUGUUAAAGCAGCAGAAAUAUUUACAGCCAUAGGUUUUAAGCAUAUUGAAGCAGGUACAAAACUUUCUGAGGAUUGCUGUAGAUAUGGAGCAGAGAACAACACUGACAACAUAUUGGCUAAGGCUGCAUCAGUAUAUGGCGAUGCUUGCAAACAUGUAGAAAAGGAGCACGAAGAAUUAAAUCGGCUUUUAUCUUCCCAGGUUUUGGAUCCUUUGAGACAAAUGAUCAAUGGUGUACCUUUGGAGGAUGCUCGCCAUCUUGCUCAACGGUAUAGUCGGAUGAGACAAGAAGCAGAGACACAUGGGGUGGAGAUUUCUAGAAGACAAGCACGGGUUAGGGAAUCUCCAACUGCUGAACAGGUUGCCAAACUGCAUGCUGCAGAAACAAAGAUGCAGGAGCUGAGAGCAAACAUGGCAGUUCUGGGUAAAGAAGCUGCAGCUGCAUUGGCUGCUGUUGAUGCACAACAGCAGAGACUGACUUUUCAAAGGCUUGUUGCAAUGGUUGAAGGAGAAAAGACUUUUCAUCAAAGAGUUGCAGCAAUUCUUGGUGAAAUCGAAGCUGAAAUGGUCUCAGACAGACAGAAGAAAGAAUCUGCCCCUCCAGUGGUUAUGUCUGAGAAUGGCUCAGAGAAAACAAUGUAUUUCUUGGCUGAAGCAAUGCAUCCCUUUAGUGCUGAAUCAGAAAAGGAACUGAGCUUUUCAAAGGGUGACUAUGUUGUCGUGCGAAAGGUGAGCCCAUCAGGGUGGUCAGAAGGAGAAUGCAAUGGCAAAGCAGGAUGGUUUCCUUCUGGAUAUGUGGAGAAACGACAAAGAAUCCCCUCUAGCAACUUGGCUGGUGAAGUUUACUAGGUGCUACUCAUCUUGUACUAUUCAUUCCCAUGUUUGGUUUUACACUGCUUUGUUUAAAGAGGAUGAGCAAAAGGGGUGGAGAGGAUGGUGAAAUUGAUGGAAAUGUUACCUCCUUUUUUAACAAAAUGAAAAGAAGAAAAAGGUGUUAAACUGUGGGGUAAUUUAAAUGUUGUCUAUCCUCUCUUAGGGGUGACACUUGACACUUUUGUGUCACAGACACGAUUUUACUUUUAUCCUUUGUUAUUAAUUGUAGUACAUGUGUCUUUGAUGAUGCUUAUUUCAUGUUUGUUCAUCCCAAGGUAGCCCUAUAUGUCGAUUGGAGAGGGAUGUCUUAUUUUUGAGGAACAGAAGGUCGUGUGAUAUGCAAGGGAGGAGUAAU